GUCCCAAAACGCCCCCUCCCCUUGCUUUCUGCCGCCUGCCUCGGAAGAAACCUCGACUAUCUUCGUAUCGAGAUCGAGAGACGACCGCCACACGAGCCAAGGGAUGAAGCGGAUUCCGCGAAUUAAGUUCCCGCAGAGGCACCCGCCCAAGCCCACAGGAUCAUCGCCACCUGCUGACGAGAUUACGUUCCUCAAAUCAAAUGUGACGCCCCAACCCAAGGUUGCCACAUCAUCUGGUGACACCCCAAGUUAUAGAUUCCGAUCAGAUGUUCCUGCUCCACCUUCUAACACUGCCUUAGGUGGAAAGGCUUCACUCUUGCCAAAGCGCACACCAGUCUCAGAUAAAGAGAUCGAGGCUAUUUUGUUGGGUGGUUGCUUUUAAUGCUACUGUGAUGUGGGGGCAGAGCUGUUCCUCACCCUCCUGAAUAAUACUACACUGGAGUUUUGUGAUGACAUCUCCAAGUACAUUAAUGGUCUGUCUUUGGACCAUCCUUAUUUUUCUCCAGAACAUGAGGUUUAAGCCUGAAUAUUGUCACAUUCCUGCAUUUCUUCCAAGAUCGAUGCGACAUCGCCAAGAUGUUAUUUUCUUUCUAAACAAGCCCUUGAGAUGCUCAGUUGAAGCUUAUUCUUGUGAUGGUGACUUCUUAAUGUUUGCUCUUGAUCUUUUUCA